GGCUAGUCCAUUCUGGGUUUAGCCCCUUUCAGAUCCUGGACUUUCGACGGCCUACCACUGAACUUUUUUUUUCUGAUCGCGAGCAUCAAAUCUCUCUGUUGGAGACCUAGCCAGAAAUCUCGUCCCAGCCGUGGCCACAACGCACUGUGAGACGAAAAAGACCAAGCAAUUGCACCAGCGGAGCAAGUGGUACGGAGUUGAGCAAGGAUUCACGCGAACAAAACAGUGAGCUCUGCUGCGCGUACUCACCAUGGCAGCUGUAUACAAAGCUCUGUCGGGAGACGGUAAGAAGGAAAAGUCGACUGCCGUAGCCCACGAGAACCGUCAGAGAGUCUUGAUGCUCACCUCGAGAGGAGUUACUUUCCGGCAUCGCCAUUUGUUGAACGACCUCGCCUCCAUGAUGCCGCAUGCCCGCAAAGAGGCCAAGCUGGACACCAAGACCAAGCUCUACCAGCUCAAUGAACUUGCAGAACUGUACAACUGCAACAAUGUACUCUUUUUUGAGGCUCGCAAGGGUAAGGACCUUUACGCGUGGAUGAGCAAGCCCCCAAAUGGCCCGACCGUCAAGUUUCACGUACAGAACUUGCACACUAUGGACGAGCUUCAUUUCACCGGCAACUGCUUGAAGGGUUCUCGACCGAUUCUCUCCUUCGACGCCGCCUUUGACCAACAGCCGCACCUGGCACUCAUUAAAGAGCUGUUCUUGCAUUCGUUUGGCGUGCCCAAGGGCGCUCCCAAAUCAAAGCCGUUCAUCGAUCAUGUAAUGGGAUUCACAGUUGCAGAGGGUAGGAUAUGGAUCCGGUGCUACCAGAUCACCGAGACCGAAGUCGGAAAGCAAGACGCGGCAAAGCUGAAAGCGGUGCCUGAGGGUGACGCGCCCGCCGACGAAGCGCCAAAGAAAGGCGAGACUAGCAUCAGCCUAGUGGAGAUUGGUCCUCGCUUCGUACUGACGCCCAUUGUCAUUCUCGAGUCGAGUUUCGGCGGCCCGGUCAUCUAUGAAAACAAAGAGUUUGUCUCGCCGAACCAGAUUCGCUCCGAGAUACGCAAGGCAAAGGCAGGUCGGUACAACAGCAGGACGGAAGCACAGUUGCAGAACAAGAACAAGCGAGGAGACAUGGGCUUGACAACGUACGGCGGCAUAAAGAAGCAAAAGGAUCCACUAGACAACUCGGUGCUCUUUGCAUGAUUGAGCCCCCCUACAUCUACGCAUUCCAGUUCAUCUGCCACCUCCAAAGCACUGCCGGUUCAAUGUUAGGAGCCACGCUUGCCAUGACCACGUCCCGCACCCUCGGUUCCUGCAAGAUCGCCCUCUUCAACCGGGUAGCAUACUCUGGCAGCAACGCGCCAGAUAUCUCAACAAAACUUGCGUGCAGUAGCAUCAAAGGUUCCAGGACCUCUUGCAUCGAAGCGACAUUUUUGCCUCGUUCCACUCGCUGCGCCGUUGUUCCUCUUCUGAGGUCUUUCAGAAUUGGAUUACCGUCCAUCAGCUGUACAGACAAACUACCUAGAUCCGCCACAGAGAUUGCUCGUACAAACUGCAUCACUUUGUCUUUGAUACCUGCUGUCAACAUCGGACCCUGGCAGUUGUACUUAAUCCAGCCCUGGUACGGAUCAAUGUGCUCGACUCUCAAGACAUAAUUUCGAAUUCGUUGAACAUUGUGUCUGGCAAAGAUAUGUGGAAAGUCAUGCAAGAUCUUGGGCUUGAGACCUUUGGCCGUGAGCCAGGUCAUGUGAAACUUAACCACGGAAAAUGUGAUGUCUAUGACGAACACAUUGGUACCGUAAAGCACGUCGGCGCACUCGUCGUGGACUUGACGACAGACCCGCAAAAUGGUUGUGGAGCGUCGAAGCCACAAUACGGUGGCAUGCAGCGAGACAGGGUCCUGCUGCUUUUUCAGCCUGAUAGUAUAUGGCAGAAUGUACGAAUAUAUAUGCCUCCUAAGCUCUGUGCGCGUGGAGAUUUAGCAACGCUCCUUUUGAGAUGGUAUUGGUGUCAUGGCCGAAUACCUAGCGGGAGCUGCAGAAGACGCGACUCCAAUUUCACCGGAGAAACCGCUCUUGUGAACAUCACCAAUGAAUGUGGAGACCUAAAAUCCAAUUUUUUAAGCAAAAUCAAAGGUUCCUUCAUGGACAUAGCAGCGACGGUGAUGUUUAAUCCCCUCGGUGGUUUCAGAAGUUCGAAAGUGCGUUCGGUGGACGAAAGUGGCCCGCGCUCACGGCAGAGACAUACAUUAAGCAUUCCGACCCCAGUCAACGCACCUGUCUCUCCUUUCCUCUCUGACAACAACAAAUCCACAAUGAUUAACACGACUCCCACUCGCCCCUCGGGCAGCAGUCCUCAAUACAAUAACGAACUCCUAGACAGCGAUGUCUGCACUUUCAGAUAUAGCCCCAACGGCGGGGUCCGUAUCAUUUGAACCUUGGAAGAAUCUGCGGUGUUGGUCAGUGUCAGUACUAUCAAACGUGUUUUUGGAGCUGAACUGCUGUGCCGGACCGCUUAGCUAUUUCGCAUACAUCUUAGGGAGAGAAGAAGAAGAAGAAGAAGAAGAAGAAGAAGAAGAAGAAGAAGA